AUGUCCACGGGAGUACAAGUUAUUGAAAACUCUAGUAUUAAUAGCAUUCCAAUAGAGGAUGAGAUGUUCAAGAUUCACAUACAAGUGAAAGACAAUACUGGAAAAAUUACUUUUGUCUUAUUCAAUGACGUGGAUGAGAAACUCCUUGAUACAUCAGCUCACAAGUUGUUCAACAAGCUAUCGUCGUUAGAUAACAACGAUGUUCCUGCCCACAUUCUAAGCCUCUGUGGAAAAGAUUUUAUUUUUAAGCUUAAGUUAAAUAGUUACAAAUUGAAAAAGGGGCUUAAAAAUUUCACUUAUUUGAUAGAGGAUGAAAGUGAGCCAAAAGAUCGCAUUCCUAAAGAACUGUCCACAGAAAAGGUAUCUCUUGACGUAUUAUUGGAUAAAGUAGAAGAUCGUGAGGAAGAACUGCAUGUCAUUGAUGGGGCUAACAGUAGGAAAAGAAGAAAUCUAAUCGUAGAUGAAGAUGACUUAAUUGCUGAAGACACAAAUAAAUGCAAGAAAUAG